AUGGCAGACCAGGAAGAAGAUUUCUCUCAGCUGCCGUUACCCGAUAAAUUUGUGCACAAACUUUGGAAAGUCCGUAAGGACGGGUACGAGAGUGCCGCAAAAGAGUUUGAACGAACGCCAGAUGAAUCACACCCCGCCUUCCGGCCCUUUUUGCAUGAUCCGGGACUCUGGAAGUCAGCCGCUGGAGAUUCCAAUGUUGCGGCUCAGCAGGAAGGGCUGACCGCUUUGUGCGCGUUUCUGAAAUAUGGAGGCCAACAUGCAGCGACGAGAUCACGGAAUCACACGUUGCAAGCGCUGUAUGAGAAAGGUUUAACAUCGACACGACCACAGGCGAAAGCCAGCUCCCUGGAGGCAAUAUUACUUUACAUCGAGCUGGACAAGUCAGAACCUGUCAUUGAGGAAUUACUGCCGGCGCUCUCCCACAAACAGCCCAAAGUCAUUGCCGCGACGCUAUCCGCACUCACGGCCAUUUUCCAUAAUUUUGGUAUUAAGGUUGUGGAGCCGAAACCAGUGCUCAAGUCAUUACCGAAGGUAUUUGGCCACGCCGAUAAGAAUGUUCGAGCGGAGGGGCAGAAUCUCACGGUGGAACUGUACCGGUGGCUGAAAGAAGCGAUGAAGGCGGUCUUUUGGAGUGAAUUGAAGCCCGUUCAGCAACAGGAUCUUGACAAAUUGUUUGAAAAAGUCAAGGAAGAGCCUCCGCCAAAACAAGAACGUCUGACGAGAUCACAACAAGCUGCAUUGGCUUCUGCACCUCCUGCCGUCAGUGGCGGCGCUGCCGACGACGGAGACAUGGUGGCCGAGGAAGAAGUGGAGGUCGAAAUGAAUGCGUUCGACCUUGCAGAACCGGUCGACGUCUACUCCAAAAUUUCGUCUGAUUUCCAUGAAAUGGUGGGCUCGACGAAGUGGAAGGAGCGAAAAGAAGCGCUCGAUGCGGUAUUCAAUAUUCUGAACACCCCACGAAUCAAGGAAGCACCGUUCGAUGACUUGGUGCGAGUUUUGGCAAAGUGUAUGAGGGAUGCGAACAUCGCUGUGGUGACCGUGGCGGCCAAUUGCGUCGAGAAAUUAGCACAGGGCCUGAGAAGAGGCUUUGCCAAGUAUCGAUCGACCAUCAUCUCGCCCAUGAUGGAAAGACUCAAAGAGAGGAAACAAUCUGUCGCGGACGCGCUCGGCGCCGCGCUUGAUGCCGUGUUUGGCGCUACGUCUCUGACCGAAUGCCUGGAAGAGAUCUUGAGCUUCUUGCCCAACAAAAAUCCCCAAGUCAAGGCUGAAACUAUCAAAUUUCUGGUCAGAUGUUUGCGGACGACUCGAGAUGUGCCGUCCAAAGCAGAACAGAAACAGAUUGCUGAUUCAGCGAUAAAACUGUUGACCGAGUCCACCGAAGCCAUCCGAUCUGGCGGAGCAGAGAUCCUGGGAACGUUGAUGAAGAUCAUUGGCGAACGUGCAAUGAGUCCUUACUUGGACGGUUUAGACGACAUUCGGAAAACCAAGAUCAAAGAAUACUUUGACGUGGCCGAAGUGAAAGCGAAGGAGAAACCCAAGGCUACCGCUCCUCCCGCCAAGUCAACUUCCGCCGUUGGAAAGAAAGUUGUCGGAGGUUCCAAGAAACCGGUCAUGAAAAAGCCGAUGCCAGCGGCCGCACCUCCUGCGGAAGAUCCAGCACCUCUUCAACCUAAGCCAACGGCGAAAGCACUCCCCAAGCCAGGGGGCCUGGCUCGUCCCGGUCUGGCGCAACCGUCAACAUUGAAAUUGGGUGGACUCAAGAAGCCUGCCGCACCCGGUCUCUCGAGUGGCACUGGAAGUCCGCAGAGACGAGUCAUUUCACCUCCAAUGAGCACAGAUGGCGAUGAGGAAGCUGUUGCUCCUUCACCCUCCAAAUUUGGCAUUGGUCGCGGUGGAUUGGCAGGACGCCCUUUGUCCCGACCCGCCGCUGCUCCUAUAUCUCCUCCACCAGCAGCAGCACCAGUUUCCAACGGUCUCUCCGCAGCCGAGAGAGCGGAGCUCGAGGAGUUGCGUGCGGAAAAAGAGCGACUAUCCGCCCUGGCUGAUAGUCUUCGGAGCAGUAAUGCAAAGCUGACCGCUGAGAUAUCAGAACUUCAAAACCAAAAUGCACAACUGAUAGAGGAUCACACACGAGAUGUACUGCAGAUCAAAGCCAAGGAGACGCAACUAGUGAGAGCAAGAGGGGAAUGUGACGUCCUGAGGGGUGAGAUUGAGAGUGUACGAAAGGAGAAUGAACGAUACAAGCGGGAAUUGUCAAGAUUAGGCCGCGAAAGUAUCGGACGCGAACGGGAAGACAUGAUGCGUGGACGAGCAGCGGAUGAAGCAUCAAAUUUUGGAAGUGAAGGUGGCGCCAUCUACGACGACCAAAGCACGAAUCGAUUCGCCACGAAUGGCAAUAUGCACCCUCCGAGACCUACGAGCGGCUCCUUACAGAGAACUGGAAGCACGGCAAGUACACAGAGCAGUCGGACACAAAAUACCAAACCAAGACCCCAAAGCGGGUACACGCCCCAUCGGCUUGAUCUCAGCCCUAGUGAGGAGAAGGAGAACAAUGGACUUGAUAUACUUUCUGCAAGGAGGAAAAUCAGUCCCCCCGUGAGUGGGAUGGCAAACGGAAGUGGCAGAAGUAGUCCACAGCGACCGAACUUUGCAAGCAGGGAAACAAGUGAUGUUGGUGCCGCCGGGUCUAAGGAACCUGGGACGGGAGAGAACUGGAAGAGGGCUGCUGAGGUGACAAGUCAGCUAAAGGCAAGAAUUGAAGCGAUGAAGGUAUGA